GUGGUGUGUUGCGGUCUACACAAUAACCGUGAUUCGAAUGUUGUAUGUAAGAGGUCGAAGAGGAGAAGUGGAAAGGAAAAACGGGGGGAGAAAGAAAGAGGCUGCCAAAGGUUGUUCGAAGAAGCGAGUGGAGAACUGAAUGAGGACGAAUGAGCAAUCAUUCGGGCGCACGGGAAAAAAUGAAAAAACAAAGCAAAAGCAGGGAAAAACAUGUACGAGUACGAAUAGGUUCAAAUCACUCAAUCAGGUGUCGGUGAGUAUAUUAUAGAAUACGAGGAGGGAUUGCGUGAUGGCAAAUACGAUACCAGGGUCACUCCCGGCGUAUGGAAGUCAGGCAAACCGGACCGUUGAUCAAGUCACAGUGUCAGUGUGUGUCAAUGUCCGCAGCACCUCAGCCUCAAACUUCUGGCGACGCGAAGUGGUCCAUCGAGGUAGGCUUUGGGUCUUUGGUGGGUUACCUAGGUACUGUAGAGAGUGUCACCCAAGGGUACUUCACCACCGGGUACAAAGCACAAUGUCAUCAUCAUCAUCAUCAUCACACAGCAGAACGAUUGUUUCGGGCAGUACAGACGAGAACACGACAUCGCACAGGACCCCACGGACUCAGCAUGGUGAUGGUGUCAGGUGGGCUCUGGAAGGCCGAGGGUAUGGGAACUCGGGGUUGAGGACAUGUACAAUUGGUUCAGAUAUCAACUUUUUCCCUUCACGAUAGGAUUGCGUGCUACAGGAGCCUUGCAUGGACCAUUGCCCCUCCCUCCCUCCCAGGCGAACCAUACGGAGGUGGCCGUUAGGCAAAACAAUGAAGGGGAGGAGUAAUGAUAUCCAACCCAACAUUGGGGGCUGCACGGAGGGAACUCGAAUGGAUGUGAGAGGUCACAGCUUGCGUGCUUGGAGAAUGAUGGACAGGGGCGG